UUUCACUACAUUAACUUAAAUUUUCCUCACCAGAAAUAAUGGCUUCUUCUCGUCCCAGAAUUAAUGCGUCCUUUUCUAUAUUUAUGUUUCUUGUAAUGGCAGUAACAUAUGUUUAUAGCCAAGACACACGUGUUGGGUUCUAUUCAAAAACAUGCCCUCAAGCUGAAUCCAUAGUUAAGUCUACUAUUAAAGCUCAUUUCCAGUCUGAUCCCUCCAUUGCCCCUGGCUUACUAAGGAUGCAUUUCCAUGACUGUUUCGUCCAAGGCUGCGAUGCUUCUAUUCUCAUUGACGGCCCUAACACUGAGAAAACUGCACCACCAAACACCCUGCUGAGAGGAUAUGAAGUUAUUGAUGAUGCCAAAUCUCAGAUUGAGGCUGCAUGCCCAGGUGCCGUCUCAUGUGCUGAUAUACUUGCCCUGGCAGCCCGUGAUUCCGUGGUUAUUACAGGAGGACUAAGUUGGUCAGUACCCACUGGACGCAGAGAUGGCAGGGUCUCACAGGCGUCUGAUGCUGGAAAUUUGCCAAGUUUCACUGAUUCGGUUGAAGUGCAAAAGCAAAAGUUUCUUGAUAAGGGUUUAAACACUCAAGACCUCGUCACUCUUGUUGGAGGACAUACCAUUGGUACUUCAGCAUGCCAAUUUUUUAGAUACAGACUAUAUAAUUUCACUGCAAAUGGUGCUGAUUCUUCCAUCAAUUCUGCCUUCCUUCCUCAACUACAAGCGCUCUGUCCAGAAAAUGGUGAUGGCGCAAGGCGUGUUGGAUUAGACACAUCUUUCUUCUCAAAUUUGAGGGAUGGACGUGGUGUAAUAGAGUCUGAUCAGAAGUUAUGGACUGAUGCUUCCACUAAAACUAUCGUCCAACGCUUCUUGGGUAUCGGAGGGUUGCUUGGGUUGACCUUCAGGGUAGAGUUUGGAAAAUCAAUGGUGAAGAUGAGUAACAUUGGAGUUAAAACGGGAACUGAAGGUGAAAUUCGCAGAGUAUGUUCUGCAGUAAACUAAUGGUGGAAUGAUGAUGAUAUGUAUUUACAUGGUUGCGUAUUAAUCGGGUAAAAGCCAAAGAAAUAUAAUUCCGAGUAAAACUUACAUGUAGCCUCACUUUACUAAUGUUUUAAGCUUGUUCAAUGAUUCAUAAAUAAUCAUCCAAUAUUAUUUAUAAAAAAAAAUAUAUGUUUUUUUUUUA